CAGCGGGCGACGCUGUCCAGGGAGGCCGGGCCUGCCAGUGACUCCGGAAAAAAUUUUUUAAAAAUUAAUGCUGAAGCAGCGGAGAAUCCGGAGGAGGACCAGGAACAGCCUUCAGAUCAGACAUACCCAAGCAGAACUUGGUUGGCUUUUGGCCUUUGCUAAAGUUUGCAGCAAAAUAUAAUGAUUGGACCAAGAUUUGUGAAGCCAUGGGUCAGAUGUGCUGUUUCAAUGCCUGGAUUAUAAUAGCAGAUGUACACUUGUGCUGCUCACAGAUGAUGACUCACUCUGCACACUGAGGUCAGUGUGUGCCACAUCUGGCAUUUAUCACAAACAUGGUGGACUGUGACAGCGGCCGUGAAUCCGCAUUCCAGAGCUCGUGCUGCACGGUGAGCAGUGGGACAAGGGACGAUUGCAGCAACCAUGGGCAGUACUCCCAGACUGUCUUUGAGGAGAUGCAGGGCUACGAUGUGGAAUUUGACCCACCACUGGAAAACAAAUACGAGUGCCCGAUUUGUCUGAUGGCAUUAAGGGAGGCGGUGCAGACGCCCUGUGGCCACAGGUUCUGUCGAGGUUGCAUUGUAAAAUCUAUUAGGGAUGCUGGACACAAGUGCCCCGUGGACAAUGAGAUGUUGACAGAAGCCCAACUUUUCCCAGAUAAUUUUGCAAAACGGGAAAUUCUUUCCCUGACAGUAAAGUGUCCCAACAAGGGCUGUUAUCAGAAAAUGGAGCUACGACAUUUGGAGGAACACCAGGAGCAGUGUGAGUACGCCUUUGUUGACUGUCCUCAAUGUGAUGCUUUGCUGUGGCGAAAGGAACUGCAGGGGCACAUGGAAUCAGACUGUCCCAAGAGACGUGUUGCCUGUGAGAACUGUGCCAUGCUGAUGGCCUAUCAGGACAAAAAGGCAGGCUACUUUUCUUUUUUGCUCCACAUCUCUACCCUCCUCUAUUUUUCUGUACAGAUGGAGCCAAGCACACUCUUGAUAAGUGUGACACAAAGCAAGGGAGGAAAUUUGAUGGAAGUCAUCUUGUGUCAGUUGCAGAAUCAUUAUAAUCUGGAUUGUCCAAAAGCACCUGUCCCCUGCACUUUCAGUGUCUUUGGCUGCCCAGAAAAGAUGCAGAGGAAUGACCUGGCGAUGCACCUCCAGGAUUACACACAGGCCCACAUGCGGAUGAUGGCCCAGACGCUGCGCAGUGUGAGCACAGGACUAAACUCCCAGGUGUCAUCCAUUAACAUACUGAAUUCAGAAGACGAUUUUGAGCCAGCGACACUCCCAGGGUCACUGCAGGCCUCACGCUCGCAGUCAACACCAGUACUUGGGGUCUCGCCAUCUUGUGACUGCUCACCUCUGAUUCAGAACCUGAAAGAGACUGUUCAUCAACUGGAGGGACGUCUGGUCCGGCAGGAUCAUCAGAUCCGGGAGCUCACGGCUAAGAUGGAGACGCAGAGUGGCCAGGUGGGGGACCUGAAACGGAGUGUCCGGGCGCUGGAAGAACGCCUUGGUGAGCUGGAGGCCCAGCAGUGCAAUGGGAUUUUUAUCUGGAAGGUGGAAAACUUUGGCGCCCACCUGCAGGCACAGGCAGAGGAUCAGCCUGUCGUGCUCCACAGCCCUGGCUUUUAUACAGGCAAGCCAGGCUACAAACUGUGCCUCCGCCUGCACUUGCAGUCACCUAGUGCCCAACGCUGCUCCAACUACAUCUCACUCUUUGUGCACACCAUGCAGGGCGAGUAUGACAGCUACCUAACCUGGCCCUUUCAGGGCACCAUCCGGCUCUCUAUCCUUGACCAGUCAGAGGGCCCCAUCAAGCAGAACCAUGAGGAGAUCAUGGAGAGCAAACCCGAGUUGCUGGCCUUCCAGCGGCCUGCUCUACAGCGCAACCCCAAGGGCUUCGGCUAUGUCACCUUCCUGCAUCUCAAAGCUCUCCAGCAGCGCACCUAUGUGAAAGAUGACGUGUUGCUGGUCCGCUGCGAAGUCGUGACCCGCUCUGAUCUGAGCUGGAUGAGGAAGGAUGACUUCCAACCCCGCUCAGCAGAAGGUGGUCUGUGACAUUUAGCUAGUGCAGCAGUGCCGCUUAAUAGCAUUCGCUCCCACGGCCUAUUACGAUACAAACAGUAAAGGUGUUACUGUACAUGGGUAAGAGGAACCCCAUGUCUUCCUUCCUCAAUGACUCGUGUCAAAAAUGAAUGGCCCGUAGCUAUUAGUGAUGGGUAUAGAGGGGGCUAGUAAAUUUGAAUUGACCUUGCCAAGGAUUUAUUAUCACUGGUUUCUUAGGAUAAUUUUAUUUUCAUGCUCACAAUUGAUCACAGACCAUUAUCGUCCCUGUGUUGGUGUAAUUUAGUUGAUUUGGCAUCAACGUAAAUAACACCGUACAUUUUUAAUAUAUACAUAUGUGUAUCUUUUAAUGUGAGAGUUAAUUUCAGUUUGUUCCACUAUCCCCUGCUCUGAACAAAAUUGCGUCUGAAACUCAGUCACGUCUUGCAAAGUGUAUGUUCCAAGACCAAAAGCUUUGCUUCCAUUGUAGCCUCAUUAAGUGCAGUUCCAGGUGCCAGAGGCUGAGACUUUAUCCCAGCUUUUCUGAGGUCACUCUCCUUUCUCCUCCUUUCAUAUUGCCUCUUCCGAAAACUUGUUUCUUUGCUGGUUGAGUUCCAGAAACUGUGCUAAGUAACUGUGCUUCAGAUCUGAGCCAUGAUUCCAGGAGAUGAGAAGUUCUCCGUUCCAAUGAGGGUAGUGGCAUCUCAGCCUUUCCCUCUUGCUUCAAGUAACAACUGUUCAAUGUGGUUGUUCCUACCCCCAUUCUGUCAUUACUGAAAUCAGCUAACUUGGAAUAAUAGCUGGGUAUUGCCUUUGACCAGAUACUUAAAAGGACUAGCCGUAUAAGUACUGUGAUUAUAACAGCAAAUUUGGGGUCAAUAACUGCCUCUGUAUUCCACAAAGCCUGUCAGCGGUCUACCAGUCACAUCAGAAGUGGAUGGAAUAGUUUCUACUUGCCUAGAGGAGUGCAGUUCGAAUAACACACGAAAUUUGGCAUCAUCUAGAACAAAGCAGCCUGAUCCCUUGACGCCCCAUCCACCACCUUAGACUUCCUUCAUCUCCAUUGCACAUUGGAAGCAGUGAGUACUAUCUGCAAGAUAUACUGCAGUAACUCACUCAACCACUCCAUCGACAGUACAUGCCAAACCUGUUACCUCUACCACUUAAAAAGAAAAGGGCAGAAGACUGAAAAUGCCACUGCCUGCAAACCACACAUCAUCCUGACUGGAACUAAAUCACUAUACCUUCACUGUUGCUGGGUCAAAAUCCUGGAACUCCCUUCCUAACCGCUGUAGGUAUAUCUGCCCCUAACCAUGUAUUGCAAAGAUUGAAAAAGGUGGCUCACCACCACCUGCUCAAAGGCAAUUUGAAUGGACAAUACAUGCUGGUCCAUCCAGUGACACCCAUAGCUGUAAAUGAAUUCUUAAAAAGUCUGGCAUGGAAUGUGGAAACUUUGCUAACUUGCUUCAGCCUCAGAUCAGCAUCAAGUAAAGAAGGACAUGGAGGUUUUCCCAAUGUUAAUAACCAUUGUCUCGUGACUCCACAUCACCUUGAAAUGACUGUAUAAUCUGUUUGAUUUCAUUGCUGUUUGUGUGACCAUGUUUUCUGUCAAGUGCCAUAUUUUCUGACAAUAGAAACAGUGACUACAUUGGAACACUUUGAAAAUUGUAAGGACCUAAAAGCUGCUACAUAAUGGUCCUGUCAUGGUAUCUUCUCUCUAACUGUGAAGUGAAAGGUGUGUCAUGUUCAUGGACAACACUCCUGCUUUGUUUUGUCGUAAAUGUGCUUCCUUCAGGCAAAGUCUUACUGUCUUUGAGUGGUUUCUAUGUAUUUUGUUUAUGCGUAGUUCUCCCCUCACAGGUCAUAUCACUUGUAGAAAAGAAAUUCCAAACAUUAAUCAUUCCUGUAAAUUUAGUAGCACCCUUUGAUUUCCAAUAUUUUUUUAAACAAAAAGUGCCUGCGUUUCUGACUACCUCUCAUCCAUCUCUAGAAUUUAAAGCAGACAGUGGCACUCUUCCCCAGUGAGCCAGACAGUGGGUGAAGACUACCAGCUAGUGUCACACUGAACCCAGGUUUACGCUGUUCUCUGUUUUGGAUGAGCUGGGGCAACAGGCAAAGUGCUGAUGAACUAGGUUAUGGAUGGAUCAUCAGCCAUCUGUUCCGUCGACUCCUACUCUGAAGUAUUGGAAGCUGGUGAGAACAGCGCAGUGCCUAAGCAUGGGAUGAUGUUUGCAGUUGAGUGACCUAUGCAGUUCCUAACAGAAAGCAUAGCCCAUUGGGUGAAGUAGUGGAAAGCAAUUGCCACUCAAAAAAAAUUGUAGCGUAUCAGUCAACAUCAAUGGCUUGUUAAAAGAAAAAGUUGCAAGUUGGUAAAUUCAGAAAUUGUAAAUUUUUAUGUUUGUUUUCACGAUGAAUUCAAUGAAGUGCAUUAUUGACAUUUUGGCAAUGUGCCCGUCAUUUAGUUCAUAUAUGAACUUGUGUUAAAAAUGCGGUUAAUAUUUUUGAUGGCGAUGUUUCAGUGAGGAUUGUUGUCUUUAUCAGUAGGAGGAGUCAGUGAAAGAAAAAAAUUUAAAAAAAUAAGAAAACAAUGAAACAUAUGCUUUUGGAUAUUUUCUACCUUUUUCCCCUCUAGUUUCACCAUGUGCGUUUUAGACUACUCUUAGAUGAAGAAUGUUGGAUCAAACUGCACUACAGAGACUUCAGCACAUUCAGUGUGCCUCAGUCCUGAGGAAUUUCAGAGAUUGAAGUACUGAAUCAAGACCCAGCUGCAUUAGAGAAAUAGAUCUCAUGGCAUUAUUUACAAGAACAUGGGAGUUCUACUAAUGACCUGGCCAACAUUUAUCCCUUAAGCAACACUGUUUACACUAGGAAAUGUUAUGCUAAUUUUGUUGAGUCUUAUGCUACUCACUGUAGCAGGGACAAUAUAUUCUAACUAAUCCAAUGGAACUGACUCUUAUCAAAGUAUCAAAUGAUAUUCUGCGUAUAGGUGACAAAAUUAAACUGUCUGCAGCAUCUGAAAUUGUUGCAUCAUAGAAUGGUCACCAACCAAAAGAAGGCCAUUUGCUUUGUUGUAACUGUGACAGCUGUUUGUACUUCAUCUACUGCCACUGCUAGCAGCCCUGCAAAUCUUUCCUUCUAAAAUCCAUUUCUUUUUGGAAAGCUAUGAUUGAGCCUGCCUCCAUCACAUUCUCAGGCAAUGCAUUCCAGAUCAUAACCACGUGUUACAUGAUUUAUCUUAAACUGGUGCCCUGAAUUUUUUGAACUUUUCAACAGUAGGAACUAUGUCUCUCCAUUCUAUAGAGAUUCUUUUGAAUACCUCUACCAAAUCACCCCCAUACUUCUCCAGGGAAGUCAGUACUGACUUCUCCAAUCCAUGCAAAUAGAAAUCUUCAUCCAAUGAACCAUUCUUGUGAAUCUUCUCUGCUACUGCUCUAAUGUCUUCACAUCUUUCCUAAAAUGUUGUGAUCAUAGCUUUACACAAUUCUUUAGCUGAGGCUGACAUGAUAUCAAGUCUGCUCUGCCAUUCAAUAAGAUCAUGGCUGUCCUGGUUUUAACCUCAGUUCUAUAUUCCUGCAUAUUCUCAAAAUCUGCCAUCCCCUUGAUAAUUAAGAAUCUAUCUACCUCUGCCUUAAAACUAUUUGAAGGUUCUGCAUCCACUACCUUUUGAGAAAGGGAAAAAGUUUCCUCAUUUCGGUUUUAAAUGGACACCCCCUUAUUUUUAAACUGUGACCCCCUACUUCUAGAUUAUCCCACAAGAGAAAACAUGCUUUCAACAUUUCCCUCUGGUGCAUCCCUGAUUUUAAUGACUUCACAAUUCAUAAUUGUGCAUUCAUCUACUUACACCCCAAGCUCUUCACUGAUCUCUCUAACUCUUUUUCUUCCUUUGGGAUGUUCUUUAAAAUCUGUGUUUUAGUACUCUUCUGCCUCUUUUAUAUAGCCCAGAGUAAAUCCCAAUUCCUUAUUAACUGCUCUCAACCUGUCUUGUUAUCUUAAGUGAGUUGUGCAGCUACACCUCCAGAUUCCUCUACACUUGUGCCCAUUUUACAAUUGUCUGCCUUAAUUUAUAUUUUCUGUUGUACUUCCUACUGUAUGAAUUACUUCACACUUCUCUCUAUUAAUUUUCAUUUCCUUCUCACUUACCUGCAUUAAAUUUCAUCUGGCGCAGCUAGUGAUCACACCAUCCUCCUCCAAAGCCUCCUGUGAUGUUCAGUUGGAUGAUGACACCCACAAAUGGUUCCAUUUACAAUCUGUCUUGACAUAGUCAGAAUAUCUCCUGCAAUGACUUCUUUUCGUGCUGUCCGACCACUAACUCUGUUGGCCCCAAAGAUCUGGUCAUCAUCUCCUCCAUUCUCUCAUCCAAAUGCUGCCCCUCACUGACAAUUUGCAUCAGCGUUGGUUUUCACAUGCUUACUGAUGACCUCCGGCUCUACCUCACCAUCAACUCUCUCAACUCCUCCACUGUUGCUAAGUUUUCAGAUUGUUGCUCCAGUAGCGGAUGUUGGAUAAUCAAAUUUCCUCUAGCUACAUUUUGGGAAUAUUGAAGCAAUUCGCUUCAGUCCUUGUUAUAAACUCUAUUCCUAAUUACCAGCACCCAUCCUUCUCUGUCAACUGCUUUGAGUUUAAACAAGACUGUUUGUUAUCUUGUUGUUAAAAUUAACCACAAGUUGAAUUUCCAGCUUCAUAUCUUAGCUAGAAUUAGGGCUCCAAUUUCCAUCUCUGAAUCAUUGCCUGAUUCUAUUCUACCUUGGUUCCAUCUGCUUUUGAAACUCAUUCAUGCCUUUGCACCCUCUAUGUUUGACUAUUCCAAUAUAAUUCUGGCUGAUCACUCCUCAUUCCACCCGUUGUAGCCUUUAAGAUCAUUCAAAACUCUGCUUAAAACUUACACCAAGUCCCAUUCACCUAUUACUCUUGUUCUCACUUAAAGCGAUGUCUUGAGUUUAAAAUUCUCAACCUUGUUUGCAAAAGGUGGCCUCAUCUUCUGAGAUACAUGUGCUCAUCUAACUUUUCAUCCCUGAUGUUAAUGAUUCCAUAAUUGGUAUUUGUGGCUUCCAUUUGUCUAGGGCCCAAGCUCAGGAAUACCUUCCCCACUGUCUACCUUCUAACUCUCUACCUUCCCUUGGGUCAUUCUCUGAAAUCUGCCUUUGGCUUAAAAUGUGGCUCAUGUGGCUUGAUUUAAAAAAAAAAAAUGAUUAUGGAAGUUCUUUGGGAUAUUUUAUUACAUCGAAGGUUCUAGAUGGACAAAGGUCGAUUUGUACAAAAACAGAAGUUGCUGGAAAAGCUCAGCAGGUCUGGCAGCAUCUGUGAAGAAAACAUCAGAGUUAACGUUUUUGGUUCAGUGACCCUUUCUCAGAACUGGUUUUGGUUUUUAAAUGUAGAUUUGUAUGUGAUCCUGUAUUCACUACACUGGGAUUGGUCUGUUCAAGAUAGGCACUCACCUUAUCCUGUCUGUCUUCCACUUUCUGUAAUUUAUUCUGUCUGACCUCGCCUUCUCUGUCUGGCCUUGCCUUCUCUGUAAAGGUUAUUCUGUCUGAUCUCUCUAUUCUGUUUGGUUUAUUCUGUCUGAUCUUGCAUUUUCUAGUCUGCCUGAUCUACUCUGUCUGAUCUUGUCAUCUGCAGUGCCAGGUUUAUUCUAUCUGAUCUGUCCCUCUUGUACACUAGCCAGUAUUCUGAUUGUCCCCAACAUAGUUAAAUGCUGGGUCAAUCUGAUUUCACAACAGUAAAAUGCUCUGUACCAAAUCCUUUUUGUUCGCACUUACCAAGUCUUCUCACUGUAGGACUGGGAAUGUUUAUUUUGUAACUUGUUUCUUGAUAACAUUUAGAAUCUAAUAUUAUGUCAUUGACUCAGCUCCAGUUCAUUGAGUUGCUUGGGAAUAUACUAUACUUAUAAAAAUGUAAAUUGUGUAAAUAAAUUGUUUUAAAAAUU